AUGAAAAUUACGAAAACUAACUAUGAGGAUAACCUCUGACUCAUAUUAGACUCUAUCAAAAAAGCUGAGCUGAUAGGGCUUGAUUUAGAAUUCACAGGGCUUUACCUCAACCACGACACAGGAUUUCACAAAUACGACACCUUAGAUGAGCGGUAUAGGAAAAUGAAAGCCAUUACUAAUGAGUUCUGAAUGUGCCAAUUAGGGAUUUGCACUUUUCAUUAUAGUGAAGAAACACAAAGGUACAUUGCCAGGCCUUUUACUAUAUAUACAGUCCCUUAUUCUGAUAGCAGGAAUUUAAGUGUAUCAGUCGACAGCAUGAGAUUUUUGGUGGAAAAUGGCUUUGACAUGAAUUUACUGUUUAAAGAAGGAAUUACCUGCUGCAGGAUGAAUGAGAUUGAUAUAGAAAAUUAUGAAGAUUGGGGAGGAAAGAGUAGGGAAAGCAAAAGGAUUAGCAAUGAACAUAGAGAAAUGAUGGAGGGGUAUACACAGCAGAUUAUUGGGUUUAUUAAUGGGAAUGAAAAAGAACUGAACUUAAAUAUGCCUAGUGAGUAUGUGAAAAAAAUGUUUUAUGGGCCAUUAGGGGUUGUAAAUAAUUUUAGGGGGGUAGAGUUUUCGACAAAUACAAAAAAUGCACAAAUUUGGAUUAAUGUAAAAAGGCAGAAAUCAAGGCAGGCGGUUUACUGCCCACCUGUAGUUGAGCAAGAAGAAGCAGACUCGAAAAAUGUGAAAAUCAUGAGCUUUUUAGGAGUCACCCAAGUUUUUGCUGCAAUUUUGCACAAGAAAGUCCCACUUAUCAUGCACAACCCUUAUUUUGAUAUCACUUAUCUCUAUAACCACUUCAUCGGCCCGCUGCCUGACACUUUUCUCCAGUUCAAGCGUGAUAUUUUUAAUUUAUUUCCAGUAAUUUACGAUACUAAAUACUUUAUCAGACAUUUUUUCAGUCGAGAAAAAUUUAUCAGCAAAACCAAACUGGAAAGCUUAUACCGUUACUGUUAUGAAAGAAAGCAGCUAAAAGACCUAGUCAAGGUAAAUUUUGAUGAUAGCUUUAUUGAUUAUUUAGGAGAAGGAAAAGAACAUGAAGCAGGCUACGAUGCUUAUAUGACAGGGGUAGUCUUUUUAUUUUACUCAAAAUACGCCGCAAAAAAUGCUGGUCGAGAAAUGUGGGAUAUCGUCAGAGAUGCCAAAAAUAAAAUUUGCCUGUUUCAGCAUAAAGCGACUUUUAUUGAUUUUGAGUAUUUAGAAGAGGAAGAUAUGGAUGUUUUUAUGGACAACGUACUUAAAUUGGCAAGCAGCAAUAAGGCAACAGCUGAACAAGUGGCUAAAGAAAUGGCAGCAUUUGGAGACGUGGAGGUCACUAUGGUGGCUAAUCAAGAGUAUUUCGUAAGUUUUGACCAUAUAAAUGAUGGUUUUUCUCUUGAUUCAAUUAUAGACACUUUAAACCAGACUUCUCAUUACAAAGCAGGCAAUUUUUGUAUGAGAAACCAAAUUAAGCCUAACUAA